UUUGGAUUACUUAAAUGGGCUGUCAGAGAGACUUUCAUGUAUGCACUUUUUUCUCUAUUUUUUGCAUCAGGGUGCAAAGUUCAUCCUUGAAAGCUGUCCAAACUGAAAAAGGCAGUCACAAAUGAUAAUCAUUCCAAUAGGUUUGACCUUCCCAUCUGACAAGGUGAUUGUGUCGACUAAUUACCAGUGAUAUUGAGACGUCUGCGCUCCACUUGAUUCCCACAUCAAAGGACUGCAUUAUUUCACUGUAAUGCACUGUAAAUGGCUCUUCAAGCAGCUCACAGAAAUCCUUACAGCAGUUCCAUGUCUGGCAUUCAGCUCGUCUUUACCUGCUCUGCGGUUUGAAGACACCGGCACCCUGCAGGGCGGCGGCCUUCAGAGAAACUGAAUCUGGCAGCUGCCUACACCUCGCGUAGUAACUCGAGAGGAAUUUAGCUUCAAAUGUUCAGCAUCAAAGACACUGAGCCUUUGAUUUUGCAGUCGGAUUUUUAAGCAUAUGGAACAAAACUUGGAACAGAUUGUAUGUCUUUCCAACUGCAUUUCCUACUUUGGACAGCAUGGAUGCUCUUUUUGAAUCGGGUUGACUAUCUGUCACCUCAUCCCCUCCUUCCUGUCUCUGCAGUAGAAGGAGGGUGGGGGAUUGGUGUGGCAUCCCCUGCCCUUCCUUGUAGAGUUGGCUAGUCUUCCUAGGCACCACAGCAGCUACUCUUUUCCAUUGCCUUGUGCUCCCACCAACUCCAUUCCCUUCCCCGCUUCAUGAAAUCCUGCAAGAGCCUCAAGGAAGAGGUUUCCGUCCCCAGCCUUGGCGGGAUGUCACAGGAGGAAGGACGCAGGGCACCAGUGUCCCAGUCUUAUUUUCACUCUCCUAACCCAGAUCUGGACCUCACAGGAAAGCUCUAUAAGAGGGAGGUUGGUGGUAAGCCUUAUUCUGUGUUAGUGGACAAUAAAAUGGCAGCCAAGACAUCCAUGGGAGAUCAGAACAUGGGUCAGGUGCCCACUCAACAUGCGACUCCACAGCAACAUCAGCAGUAUUUCAGAGAGGCUGGAGCAGGGCAGGAAGUGGGGACGCAGGGGUCCCAGGCUGGCAACAACGGAACCUCUGACGACACUGAAGAUGAUGACGACGAUGAUGAAGAAGAGGGUGAGGAUGAGGAGGACGGGGAGGAGGAGGAGGGCUUCAAGCGUGAGCAGAUCAUUGUCGAGGUUAACCUGAACAACCAGACACUUCAUGUGUCCAAGGGGGACAACAAAACUGGAACCACAGCUGAUGACUCUGAGAGAGCUGGCAGCGACGAUGACGAGGACGACGAUGAUGAGGAAGAGGAGGAGGAGGAAGACAGCCCCGAUGAAGAAGAGGAGGAAGACGACGAGGAAGAUGAGAUUGAGAGUCGAAGGACAAGGUCAAAGAGGGCCCGUCGGGGCGCUAGUAGCACAGCAGCUCCCAGCCAGCCACAGAGGAAAAGCCUCAGAACAGCUCUGAGCACCACCACUGCUGGAAUGACCACCAGGGGCCGGCGAAAGCACAUGGAGCCUCCAAAGAGCAAGCGCAGGUCAGCCAGAUCAGCCCCAUCGUCUGCCGGUUCCACAACGACAGGAGGCAAAGCAGAGGCGGAGGAGAAGGAGAUGCUGGCGUGUGAAAAGUGCCCCCGAGUGUUUAACACUCGCUGGUACUUGGAGAAGCACAUGAAUGUCACACACAGGCGAAUGCAGAUUUGCGACAAGUGUGGCAAAAAGUUUGUCCUGGAGAGUGAGCUGGCCUUACACCAGCAGACUGACUGUGAGAAGAACAUCCAGUGUGUCUCCUGCAAUAAGUCUUUUAAGAAGCUGUGGUCACUGCAUGAGCACAUUAAGAUUGUGCACGGCUAUGCAGAAAAGAAGUUCUCAUGUGAAAUCUGUGAGAAGAAGUUCUACACUAUGGCUCACGUCCGAAAGCACAUGGUUGCUCACACUAAGGACAUGCCAUUUACCUGUGAGACAUGUGGGAAGUCGUUUAAACGCAGCAUGUCUUUAAAAGUCCACUCGCUCCAACAUUCUGGAGAGAAGCCCUUCCGUUGUGAGAACUGUGACGAGCGGUUCCAAUACAAGUACCAGCUGCGCUCCCACAUGAGCAUUCACAUCGGACACAAGCAGUUCAUGUGCCAAUGGUGCGGCAAAGACUUCAACAUGAAACAGUAUUUUGAUGAGCACAUGAAAACACACACAGGAGAGAAGCCUUUCAUUUGUGAGAUCUGUGGGAAGAGCUUCACCAGCCGGCCCAACAUGAAGCGCCACCGCCGAACCCACACUGGGGAGAAGCCCUAUCCCUGCGAGGUGUGCGGCCAGCGCUUCAGAUUCUCCAACAUGCUCAAAGCACACAAAGAGAAGUGUUUCCGGGUCACCAGCCCAGUGGUUCUGCAGACCAGCGGCCCGCCUGUGCCUGUCCGAAUCUUUGCCAACACCUUCUCCUCUUCUUCCUCCACGUCUGGUCCCGGUCCCUCAGCUGCCACCCCGGCUACCACCUCAGCACCCCUGGGCCUCAGCCCGACAGGAGGGUCCAUGCCUCCACGAGGCCCUGUGGGACACACGUUCUCCCACGUGCAGCUCCACUCAACCCCCUCUCACCAUCACCCCCACCCUCAGACAACCCAGCAACACCUCUCAAAUGCACCCCAGCACGCCCCACCUCACCCCCAUCACCACCUGGCUGUGCCCCCAGUCUCCCACUUGCCCCCACCCCCGGCUCUUUUCAAGAGUGAGCCCUUAAACCACUGUGGGCAUGAAGACAGCAGCUACCUGCACCACAUGGCUCCCCCUGACAAGGGACCCGGAGCCCCACAGCACCACUGAACUGUGCUCCAGCUCUGCAGGCCCACACCAAACCGCGCCUUGUUCCUCCUCCUCUUAUAGUCCUGCCUCAGUCUCUCAGUUGGUAGGCCCCUGAUGUAAGGGUGCUCUGCUCCUCUCAGACAGAUUUAAAUAAAUCAAGCUAAGCGAACACACCUGUGUAUGUGAUUUAGACUGAUCACCCUCAGUGUACAUGAUGUAAGUACAACCCUGAUUCCAAAGAAGUUGAGAUGCUGUUUAAAACAUGAAUAAAUCAGAAUGUGAUGAUUUGCUAAUCCUUUUUUGACAUAUGCUCAAUUGCAAACAGUACAAAGACAAAAUAUUUAAUUCAUUGAUUUUUAUAAAUAUAUACUUAUUCUGAGUUUGAUGCAGCAGCAUGUUUCAAACAAGUAGGACAAGAGCGACAAAAGACUGUGAAAGCUGAGAAUUGCUCCAGAAACACCUGUUUGGAACAUUCCACAGGUAAACAGGUGACGGUGUCAUGACUGGGUAUGAAAGGAGCAUCCUCGAAAGGCUCAGUCGUUCAGUUGUGAACACAUGAUUGGAUAAAGGAUUUUACUACAUGGCCUCGGGAACAUUUUGUAAAACCAUGGUCUGUAAACGUAGUGUGUUUGCGAAUGAUCGCAUUCUGUUUUUAUGGUUAUGUUUUACACAGUGUCCCAAUUUUUUUUGGAAUCUGGGUUGUAAGACCCCUGCUUAAAUACCCUGGUCAACUGACAAAGAUUUUACAACCUCUAGAACUUUUUUCUUGAACAUUUUCUUAGGAAAUCUACACAAAAAUGAUCUCCGUGUACGUUCUCUGUCUGUACAUCGAUGGGUGUAAAGUAUCUCCUUUUCAUCAAAAGCUGCUGAUGGAAGUCAACAUAUGUAUUACCUGGGCUUCAUGGCUUAUCAAAGAUCAGUGUCAUUGUAUUUUCCUCUUUAUGUCAAGUUGACUUGCGGUUGCACAUUGGUCAGGACUUUUGCUGUCUGUGCAGGUCCUCCCCAUAGCAAUACUUAGCCUGUCCUCCUUGUUGAACUGCAGAGCCUCAGCCCCCACAGAAAUGUUAAUUGAAUGUUGUAACUGGUUUGAACUGAGCCUUUCUUUGUCCUAAGGCAUUCUGUCAGUAGGACAACAGCAGUAGUGAAAGACGCAGUGCCAUAGGUUACAGUAAGAAGGCAGGGAGGAAUUUUUGGACUUUUGAAAAAAGGUUUAGUCAAUGGUUAGGUGAAUCUAAACAUGGUCUAGAUUCAUAUCAUGGUUAAAUGGUGCUUUCCAUUCCAGUACAUAAAAUAUUUCUUAAUUUUGAUUUUCCAUUUGAUUUUCAGAAGUGUAAUAUUACAAAAUAACGAUGUAUUGUGUCAUAAAGAACAUGCCAGCCUGGCUUUUCUACAAUGGAUUUGAGGUUUGACCAGAUAUUUUGUGAUGAAGAAACUCAAGUUAUGCAGGACAUGCCAUGGGCACACACACACACGCGCACACACACACACACACACACCUUCACACUGACUCAAGCACACACACUCACAAGAGACCAUAUGGUCACUGAUUUACUUACUGAGAUCAGUGCAACCUCAGCUUUCUGUACUGUUGGUCAACAGAUGCUUUUAGAUAACAGAUGACUGUCAAAUACUGCCACUGUGAGGGGCCACACACAUGGCCCCAUCAGGAUUUACCCCACCUUCCUUCGCUGCUGUCGAAAUGAUACGGGUCACCAUGUUAAAGGUCAUUUGACACACACACACAGUAUACACACACCUGGGACCUUUUUCAUCACAGUUCUUAACAGGCAAUUAUGCAUAUUCCUCUCAGCCUAUAUUCCACGGUUUGGUGUGGGGCGUUGUUGUGAUGUAAAGGUUUGUCUUUUGACUUUCAUCAUACUGAUAUACUUUGGUCCACACAGGCAAACGCGUGUCUAACCCUGUUGAAUGUUGCCUACGCAGAAUGAUGGCUGAUGAGUCAUUCAUGUGUUUUGUUUUGUUUUUUUUUUAAUGUUCUCUGAUAAUUUGCUCAGUUUUAAGCUAAUGAAUGGUUCUGCAGUGUAGCUAUACUGUUGUUAGCACAUGAUAGGAAAUGUCAGGAUAAAAGGCAGUGGUCAUACAACUUCUAAUACUUGGAAUUCUUGUAUAAAUAAGCAUACAUGCGAUCAAAUCAGCGCAAGAAAUUACAUUUAUUAAUGUAAUAGCCGAUGGUGUGAAUGUUAUUUGCUUAAAAGGUGCGUAAAUGGUUGGAAAGUGUUUGGCAUGAAUUUGGAUUGCCUGGUUGUUAGCCCUUCACCUAGUCUGGCGGCUAUCAGAUGUGUUUGUGUGUGUGUGUGUGUGUGUGAGAGAGAGAGAGAGACAGUGUGUGUGUGCAUGCAUUAGUCUCUACCAGUCUGUCUGCCUGGUUGUCCCCAGUGCUCUUGUACCAAAAGCUGCUUUUACACAGUGUGCCCCAAUAUGUGUAUUUGGGGAUACCGGAGAUGGACAAUAGCAGUCAAUUUAACAUGAUCCUCUUUCUACCGCUCAAGCAGAAUUUAGUCUGAAGUGGUUAAGCUCUGUAGUUUAGGAUGCCCCUUUUUUUUUUAUUUGAGACCUGCAAUUAUCCUGCCAUUUCUGUGGGUCUUAAUGCCGCUGCAUUAUUUGCUUAUCAUCCUGCCCCCCUUCGGGUUCACUGCUGUGCUUCAGCAUUUUGCAGUAUGGAUCUUUGUUUUGUUUUUUUGUUUUGUUUUUUUAAAGCCUUUUCAUUUGUGUGUAUUCUCUGCACUUUACUGCUGCGUGGGUGAGGCGCAGGGAAGGGAGGGACUGACAAUGCAUUGUGGAACAGAGUGCAGUUAUGGCUGCAUGGGAAAGGGUGGAGGUGAUAACUUUGAGUGGAUGUUUUUAGGCAAGGAAAGGAGGAGAAUCCCGGGUGGAGGCGGGUAGUGUGGAAGGGACCAUAGCAAACAAAGGACAUUUCUUUUAGUAUGUGCAUACAUUUAAUUUCCUAUUUUUUUCAAAGAAAUACACUUUUGCUCCAAUAUGUACAUCCCCUCAAAUUGAAAGCGAUGCUCCUCCUGCUUUGGCGACUUUCCACUAGCCCCUCUGAGUUAUGUCUGAAAUACAUUCUUCUGUUCUGUUUGUUUGUGGAGCUUUUCUCUUUGUCACGUCCUGUUCUGUCUUUCAGUUUGCUGAAUGAUUCUCCUCCUCCUUUCUUUGUUAUAUAGAAUGCACUUUCUACUAAAAUUCUUGGCUAGUUAAGAAAAAAAUAACAUUGUAUGUUCUUUAAAGAUGUUUUAAAAAAAUCAAUAUACUUUUUCCCCUUUGUAUUUUUAACCACUUAAUGUAGCAUUGCGUAUUUUAUUAUUGUAUCUGGUACAAAAUGUGCAGCUUUAUAAUGUCCUGGUUUGUCCUUUUUUUGUAUGUUAUCUGGAGAUUGGGGAGAAGUGAAAAAGUUGGGCCUUUUUUGAUAAUGUACAUUUAACUGACUGCUAACUUUGAGAAGUAAAAACAAGUAGCCAUGAUUAUCACA